AUGUUAAAAAACUUCAUUGUAUAUGAGAAGUUGGGAGAAGGAUCGUUUUCUACAGUGUUGAAAGUUAAAAGAUAAUCGGAUCAACAGGAGUAUGCGAUGAAGAAAGUAAGGAUGGGGCAAUUAAAAGAAAAAGAGAAAGAGAACUCUUUGAAUGAAAUUCGGAUAUUGGCUAGCAUUUAACAUCCAAAUAUAAUAGCCUAUAAAGAAGCAUUCUAUGAUGAAUAAUCUUAAUGUUUGUGCAUUAUAAUGGAGUAUGCAGGUUAAGGAGAUUUACAAUAACAUAUCUAAUAGCAACUUAAACAAAAGCAAUACUUCUAGGAAAUAGAAAUCUGGAAGAUGAUUUACUAAGUCUUACUAGCUUUGCGAACGUUACAUCAGAUGAAGAUAUUACAUCGAGAUUUAAAGUCAGCCAAUGUAUUCCUUCAUGAAAGUAACUACAAACUUGGUGACAUGAAUGUUUCUAAGGUGGCCAAAAAGGAUUUAGUAUAUACUCAAACAGGAACUCCAUAUUAUGCCAGUCCUGAAGUUUGGAGAGAUUAGCCUUAUGAUGCCAAAAGUGAUAUCUGGAGUUUGGGUUGUGUGGCAUACGAGAUGGCUGCACUUAAACCUCCCUUCAAAGCCAAAAAUAUGGAAGGCUUGUACAAGAAAGUCUAAAGAGGAUUAUUCGAACGAAUUCCCUCUAAAUUCAGUGGAGAAUUGAUGACUAUUAUUGGAUUAUGUUUACAAGUCCAAAGCAAAUCUAGGCCGUCUUGUGCUCAAUUGCUAGCCAAUCCUAUUCUAUUGAGGAAUGCUCGACAAUUCAUUACUGAAAGCAGAAUUUCAUAAUAAACUUAGUCAUCCCAUAAUGGUUCCAUGAUGCUUCUAUAAACUAUUAAACUACCGAAGAACUUGAAGCUACUUAAAGAGAAACUUCCUAAAUCACAAUACCUUAUCGAAAGUGGCAAUAAAUCUUAUGAUGAAUCUUUAGUAAAUAGGUCCUUUCUACCUAAAAUUCAAAAUCAAAAAGAGAUUAGACACAAUGGUUCUGUUCCACCUCUAAAAAGUGAUAGCUAUCUCUAGUAAUACUAGUCAUACUAACCAACAUAAAUCAAUUCCUUAAAUGAUGAUAAACCUAAACACAAUGGCAAUUCAGUCUAAAUACUAGAGAUGGAAAGAAUCAGACAGAAGAAGUUACUUGAAAAAUAACAAAAUCUCAAGAUAAGUGUUAUUCAAUAGAAUGCUAUACCCUACAUCAAUAGUUCAUCUUCUUAAAUUCAAAAUCUGUAUUAAAACAAACUGUCUAAUCAUGACUAAAAUCAACAAAAACACUACUCUGAAGCUCCUAAACCCAUUUGGUGGGGAUGA